GCAAAAACGGAAAACAUAUGUACUUGAAUGUGGCACCCACGGAGAAGACUCACAUAAAGAUAGCUAUCAAAUAAAAUGACAUUUAAAAUAGCUUUCCACCUUUAUUUCCACAUUAACUGGCAGAGCUUCUUUGCUCUCAGCUGAGAAACCAGAAUGCAGAGGAAGUUGUCAUUUGUGCACCUGCUCCUCCCCGUUUUGUGCAAAUGUUGAUGCAUGCACGGAAGUUUCAGUGCAAAAGGCCACAGGUGGUGAGUUGAUCUGCAGUGUAUCUGUGCCGGGUUCCUUUUUAAGUGUAAUUGAGCUGUAACGGUGAACCAAAGGGAUGGGGACAAAUGUGGACGACUUCACGAGGCUUCUGUAUGACUGCGAGCUGUUUGUGACAGAGAUUCUUCAUGGUGAGAACCUGAGUGAAUCUGCAGAAGAGACACGACAGGUCCUGCUGAAUAACUUCAGGGUCGUCCAUUCAAGAAACCCUGAGGAGUUUCCUAUAAGAUUGGAUUUAAGGGAAGAUGAAGGCUCCGAUGACAACCGCAGUUCCAGCCUGGGUCGCUCGGCCCCUUCAGACGACGCCUCAGUAGUGUCUGACUACCAGGAAGAUGGAGUGGGUGACUACGAUGAGGAUAUCCCUCCAGUUGCAGCCUAUGAGCUCACCAACAUCCUGAAGCAAGGUUACUUGGAAAAGAAACGAAAAGACCACAGCUUCUUUGGACCAGAGUGGCAGAAGAGAUGGUGCAUCCUGAACAAUUCAAUAUUCUACUACUUUGGGAGUGAAAAAGAUAAACAGCAGAAGGGUUCAUUUUAUAUCAAUGACUACACUGUACAGAUGGUGACCAACCUGAGAAAAGACUCCAAAAGAAAAUCCUGUUUUGAGCUCAGUGCUCCUGGAAAACGGCCCUUCCAGUUCACUGCCAGCAGCCCUCAAGAGGCCAGAGAAUGGGUGGACCAAAUCAAUUUUGUACUUAGAGAUCUCAGCUCCAACUUCAUCCCCGUCGAUGACGAGGAGGAGGAGGAGGAGGACGAGGAUACCUACGAUGACAUCGAGGUGGUCAACGAAACCCCGACUCGGCCGACCCCGGCCUCCCGGGGAGGAGGAGUAGCCAGAGGACAGGAGAUAGGGGAGGAGGAUGACGAGGAAGAAGAUAUCUACGAGGAGCUGCCAGAUGAAGAACUUGGAAAUCCAGGUGAUGAGAGCGACGAGAAGAGCAGCAAACAAGUUUGGUCCUCAGAUUAUUCCAACUACUACCAGGGUUUGUGGGAUUGCCAGGGCGACGAGUCAGACGAACUGACCUUCGAGAGAGGAGAUCUCAUCUACAUCAUCAGCAAGGAGUACAACAUUCACGGGUGGUGGGUCGGCGAGCUAAACGGCACCGUGGGCAUCGUCCCCAAGGACUUCCUGCAGCCUGCCUACAUCCUCUGAGCUCCAACAGCGCUGCGGCUGCCGGCACGUCCUGCCAUGAAUUACCCUGACACAUCUGUCAGAUAAGCUUUUGGCAUUUCAAAAUUAUUCCCCUUUUAUACCAAUGUAAAUUAUUAUAUUAUCACCUAAGCCUGCUGCAGCUGUACUUACUCUUCUACACUAUAAGCCAUUAAUAAAAGCCUGUUUAAAAAAAUCAAAGUGCACACUGGAGCUGGAGUAAUUAGUCUGUUAAUCAGUUUUGAUAAAUGAUCAAUCGUCCUAAAUGUGAGAUUUCUCAUUUUCUUUAUCUUUAUAAGAAGUCUCAACCACUGUUUGGCACUUUUCUGAAUUUUCUAAAGUAAACAGUGAAUGUGUUAAUUCAAAUAAAAUGACAGACACAUCAAUAAUUAAAAGCACCAUUAGCUGCACUUUGAGUGAUUAAGAACUGUGCAUGCAUACAUUUAUCAAUCCACUGGAUAAAUCUGAAAAUAGAACGUUGUUAGUUUAUAAAUAAUUUCCUCAUAACUGACAUAAAAAACAGUAAUGUAAAAUAUUUUAAUGUAAACUCUGCUCAGAAAUACUAAAAGUAAAAUAUUGUGUGCUUUUGUUUCUGUUGUAAAUAAAAGGGGAUUAUUAAAACUGUU